AUGGGGUAUUCGUGUCUCAAUCUCUUGACAAUUGUUUCGCUUGUGCUUCUGUUUCCAGUGAUUCAUGGUUGGGGAAUUGAUGGACACUUCGCAGUCUGCAAAAUUGCUCAGUCGCGCUUAAGUGAAGCUGCGGCAGAUGCUGUUAAGCAACUGUUACCAGAAUAUGCAGAGAAUGACUUGGGGAGUGUGUGUUCAUGGGCAGACCAGGUUAGGUUUCGUUAUCAUUGGUCAGCUCCCCUGCAUUAUAUCGAUGCCCCAGAAGUUUGCAACUACAAAUACACUAGGGAUUGCGAGGAUGAAACUGGAGAAAAAGGAAGGUGUGUUGCAGGGGCAAUUAACAAUUACACUACCCAGCUUCUUACCUACAGCAGUGGUUCCUCUCAAGCUGAUUAUAACCUGACUGAAGCCCUUCUCUUCCUUUCUCAUUUUAUGGGAGACAUCCAUCAGCCUCUACAUGUGGGUUUUGCUUCAGACAAAGGAGGCAACACCAUCGAUGUCCAUUGGUACACAAGGAAACAAGUCCUGCACCAUAUUUGGGAUGCCAAUAUAAUAGAGACAGCGGAGGAAAGGUUCUACAGCUCGAAUGUGGAUGAUUUGGUUGAAGCCAUUCAGAAAAAUAUCACGACUGGCUGGGCAGAUUUAGUUCCAGGAUGGGAAACCUGCAGCCUUAAUAAGACAGCCUGCCCGGACAUAUACGCAUCUGAAGGUAUCAAAGCAGCAUGCGAUUGGGCAUAUAAAGGGGCGACUGAAGGGACAGUGUUAGAAGAUGAUUAUUUUCUAUCCCGUUUACCAAUUGUGAAAUUGCGGUUAGCUCAGGGUGGAGUUCGUCUGGCAGCCACGCUCAACCGCAUUUUUCAGUGA